GGCGGUGCGGGCUGGGCGCCGGGGCCGAGGUGCUGGCGGACCCGCGGCGGGCUUGGGCGCGGAGCUGGGGCGCGGCGCGGAGAAGCCCAGCAGGCAGAGCGAGGAGUCCGCGAGCCGCGGCUCCCAGCAGGCCGGUGCAGGGCCUCGGUCCGAACGGGGUCUCGGCCGGGGGCGCUCGGAGAGACCACCGCAGCUGGCAGCGGGAGGAAGCGGCGGCGGCGCGUCCCGAGCGGUGCGCGCCAUGGCGGGCGGGCCCCCCAAGGCCCUGCAGUCCUCGGGGCCCUACUCCCUGCGCGACAUGCCGCACCCGCUGGCCGGCUCCAGCAGCGAGGAGGCCGUGGGCGGCGACAGCACGCCCAGCCCGGACCUGCUGAUGGCCCGCAGCUUCGGUGACAAGGAUCUCAUUUUGCCCAACGGUGGUACUCCAGCAGGCACCUCCAGUCCAGCUUCUUCGUCUUCUCUUCUAAACAGACUUCAACUUGACGAUGACAUUGAUGGUGAGACCAGAGAUCUCUUUGUCACGGUAGAUGAUCCCAAGAAGCACGUCUGUACCAUGGAGACCUACAUCACAUACAGGAUCACCACCAAAAGUACUCGGGCCGAGUUCGACUUGCCAGAAUAUUCUGUUCGUCGAAGAUACCAGGAUUUUGACUGGUUGAGGAGCAAACUGGAGGAAUCCCAGCCCACGCAUCUCAUUCCCCCGCUUCCUGAGAAGUUUGUGGUGAAAGGUGUUGUGGAUCGUUUUUCAGAAGAGUUUGUGGAGACCAGAAGAAAAGCUUUGGAUAAAUUCCUAAAGAGAAUCACAGAUCACCCUGUGCUGUCUUUCAAUGAACACUUUAAUGUUUUCCUUACUGCUAAGGACCUGAAUGCCUACAAGAAGCAGGGGAUAGCACUGCUGACCAGAGUAGGCGAGUCAGUCAAGCAUGUCACCGGAGGCUACAAGCUGAGGACUCGGCCUCUUGAGUUUGCAGCCAUCGGUGAAUACUUAGACACCUUUGCACUCAAACUGGGAACCAUCGAUCGAAUAGCCCAGCGGAUCAUCAAAGAAGAAAUAGAGUACCUUGUGGAGCUGAGAGAAUACGGGCCUGUGUACUCCACGUGGAGUGCGCUAGAAGGCGAGCUGGCCGAGCCCCUGGAGGGCGUGUCCGCUUGCAUCGGGAACUGCUCUACAGCCUUGGAAGAGCUGACAGAUGACAUGACAGAAGACUUUCUACCUGUGCUCAGGGAAUAUAUUUUAUACUCUGACUCCAUGAAGAGCGUAUUGAAGAAGAGGGACCAAGUUCAAGCAGAGUAUGAAGCCAAACUGGAAGCCGUGGCUCUGAGAAAGGAAGACCGCCCCAAGGUGCCAGCGGAUGUGGAGAAAUGUCAGGAUCGGAUGGAGUGCUUCAAUGCGGACCUGAAGGCUGACAUGGAGAGGUGGCAGAGCAACAAGAGGCAGGACUUCCGGCAGCUGCUCAUGGGGUUGGCUGACAAGAACAUCCAGUACUAUGAGAAGUGCCUCAUGGCGUGGGAGUCAAUUAUUCCACUGCUGCAGGAGAAACCAGAGGCCAAGUAGAUUGCUUCUUGGAACAGAGACUCUUCUACCUACACAGGACAUGACGCCCUGUACUGGAAUGUCCCUGCAGUGCUGGAGAGGUGGCAUCGGGGAAAGAACACAGAAGCACCUCUCGUUUGUGUAUUUUCUCUCGCCCCCUCACCCCACUGUUGUUUUCAAUUCGUAUUUAUUCCUUGAUGGAGUCUGUGAGGCUAUAAUCAUCUCUCAGCAAAAGAAGCAUACCUCCGUGUUGUGAAGGACCCUACUAAGGAACACUACGAAGACUUGAAACUGAGGGUCACGGCAGCCCACAGCUGGUGGUGACAUCUUGUGACAGUUUCCUCUUUCGAGGCAGCUGAGUUGCCUGUUGCAGGAGGGGACUCAGGUCCUGCUUUUUAAGGCCAUGGAGGAGGCAUGAAGAAGAGGCCUCUGGUUUGCUGUGAGACAUGGCGGCUCUGCAGUUGACCUCUGUGGGCAUUGACGUGCCUCUGCCUAGGAGGUGUUGGCACCUCCACAGAAAGUCCUUAAUUUAUGGUGGCCUGUUGCUGUGAGUGUGGCCUGCUGCCUGUUUGUGAUGAGUGACACGUGUUUUCUUGUUUCUGGUUCCCAUAGGGCCAUUUAAAGUCCGUGUCCACGUGCAUCCAUGCUUGAGUGAGCAAGCCUCGUCCUUAUGCGAUGUCUCGGGAAGCCAAGGGGAUGCUCCCUGAUCUUGCUUCUGACACCAGAAACUUUUAUGUAAAACGAAGAGAGGUGCAUUUUUCUCUGUGAAGGCCUUUGAUGUUUUUCUUUUGCUUGGUAAUUGUCAGCAGUCAGGUUUAGACCUCUUGUUUGCAGUCAGAUUAGCUCCCCUGUUGUUGAGAUCAGUGGGCAUAUGCCAAGCCCCACCUGUGAUGUCUGCUUUGUGCAAUUUGCCUUUAUCUCACCAAAAAUGCUGAGUUUAAUAUUUCUUACCAUGUCCACUGGAUGUUUGGACAACCUUUUGGUGAGGUGGGGGGGCUAGUGUGUCGUGUUGUCAUGACACAGUUGAAAUUGGUAAACUCAGUGUGAAUGUUCUACAUAAAGUGCUUUAACCCUUAGCAUUUCCUGGUCAGGAACAAAAGUCAGUACCAGCAAGGGCCUCAAAGAUGAUAAGCCUAACAGUGAACUCUUUGCUUCUAGCUAAACCGAAGUCUCCUUUUGCAGCCAAAUUCCUGGGUACAGCUGGCUGUGUUUAAAGUCUUCAUUUCAAACUAUUACCAGGUUUACUUUUCAAAUCACCACAAAACCAACAGUAAAAAAGGAUCUCUCUUUGAACUCAUUUUUUUUUUUUUUCUGAAAAGAAGCUACAUAUGUUAUAUUAGUGUUCUUUCACUUGUGGCUUAUCCUUAUAAACCUAUAAAUGUAAGCCUCAAAUAGACAGUAGUUCAUUUUUUAAAUGAAGACGUCCAGACUCUGCUUCAUAUGCAAGUUAACCUGCAAAUGUCAGUCAACGGGAAGCAUGUUGAAGUCACUUUAUUCCACUCUGACAGCAGAGUUGACCUGGGGUCAGCCACAGCUGGGAUACUGUUGGAGCAGCACUCGGACAGCAGGGGGGGUGUUUGACUGUUCCGUCAUGUUUGACAAAGUCAAAUUUGAAAUGUUAAUUUUUCCAUCCAUUGGUACUUGCCUGUAUAAUGCUCCAUCUGUGCCAUUCUAAAACCCUCUGAUGUGAACUUUCAGUUUGGUACAAACAGAAAUGAUUCACUGAAGUGGAAGGGUGAGAACCAUCCAUCUACCCCCAUCUCCGGUGAUUCAGCAUUUCAUUCUACCUCUUGAACCAUUGAGUUGGUGUGGGCAUGGAUGUCUGGGUCCAACCUGACAGUGUGCUGGUAGAAUUGGGGUGUGCCUCUGAGAGUCGACAGCCCUCUAUUGAUAGUUGGCAGAAGACGCCAGACUGACCCCAGCAGUGAAUAUUCAUUUCGAAACACAUGAAGCUUUGCUUUGUGGAAUGUGUGCUUUAAAAAUGUUGUCAAGGGUAACGGAUGCUUGGAAAGAAGGGUGGAAAGAGCUACAGGGAAACCAGAAUCCGACAGCCUGCCAGUUGCCAACCCCAGAGUCAUUCCCAUAUUACAGUCACUUGGGAAAGAAGGCAGUCCCUCAAAAAGUACUCAUGGAUCUCCUCACUGGGAGAUAUGGGGAGGGGGAUCCACAGUCCUUCCCUGUCUCCAUGGAAGGCAGAGGCAUGGCUCUGAGGGAUUCCGGCUCCUUGGGACUUUGUCUUGCUCUCCGGUCCCCAUAGAGUGUUCUGUGCUUUGAGACAUCAAAAAGAGCCUUAGCAGUUCAGCCUCUGUUCUCCAGGCCUGCUGUUGGGAGUAGAGUCAGGAAAACCCUGCAGGUUAGACUUCUUUGGAGAAAUGGACCUUCCCAAGAAGGCACUUUUGUCCCUGUCUUCAGGCUGGUAUGUGACAAGGUGAAGAGCUUGGCCCAGAAAGAAGGGGGCUGGAAAAGACCACAAAGGAUGCUCUCCAUCCCUCCCCACUCCCAUGCCCCCUUUCGCCCUUGAGACUUAGCAGUCCUAAGCAUUGGCUUCUUUGUCUUGGUCAAGCAAAAUGGAGAUUCACUAUGAGAAGCAUACCUGGGAGGCUUCUGUGCCAAAGACUGUCUCCGAGAGGCCCGUUACCCCAUCCUUCUUGAAUCCACAGAGCUGCAGUGCUGAGAUCACCAACUCCUCUCCUAUUUACCAUCCAUGAGAUUUUUGCUUGAGGGUCCCCUUUACCUCCAGCGCAUGGACACAGACAAGUGUUGAGGUUUGAACAAUGAAAAGUUGCCCUGAGCAACUAACUGUCCAGGUCCUGAAAAGAGAAAGAUUUCCUUCACUCAGGUUAAAAGUCCAGGGUGAAGGCAGAAGAGAGAAUUCCUAGAAGCUGAGCAGAUUUUAGAGAUUCAAAUGAUGGCAGACAGAGCAGUUGUGAUGUUAACAGCUGUGUACGCUGCAUUUGCUCAUUGGUGUGGGGAUCCAUAAGAAGAUUCUGGGCCUCUGCUCAGAGCCAGGCACCACUGCUCUGAAAUGAGGAAGGAACACACGACCCAGCCCACCUUGGUGGGGUUUCAUCCUUUGAUAAGGCUUACCAAUGAUGGCUGGCAAACUUUUAGGGUGAUCAGGGGGAUGAUGGGUUUGGUAUUUCACGACACCCAAAAGAAUAAACAGCACGACUCUGGGGAUUGUGGUGAAUGUAAGGUUUGUCUGUUUUCAUGCCAAAUUUCAGCCCCACGGAGCGUGCUCUGGAUCUUGGUUGAGGGUGUUUUCUGGGUUGCCACUCCCCAAGGGGAACCGAAUGCUCGCCUGCUGCUCACUACCACGAGGCCACCUUUUGUUGAGAGACCCAACAGGAAGUUCCACCUUAGAAGUGGGCGUGAUGGCCAGUGGCCGUUGCAAGGGAGCCCGAGGGACACCUAGAGUUUCUGUGGCUCUAUCCUGCCUUGGAUAGCAUUGAAGCCGAUGAGGCUGGCUGGGCUGUGGGAGAGGCGCUGUCUACACUCACUUCUGAGCUGGUGAUUGUUGAGGGAGAACAAGGUCAAGUACAACCUCCAGGCUGUGUUGACCUCAGCUGUUUGGGUCUUGGGUGGGCUGGAACUGGCUAGUUGGGGUUGCUAGAGACCCUCAAGGGUGGUUCCUCCCUAAAGUUCAACUGCCUGUGGUCAGAAGCUCAACUGCCUCUUGUCAGGGCAGGGCACACUUACAGGGACUUCACCUUCCUGGACACCUCUUUAAGGGUCUGUAGCAACUGAGUGAGCUAAUGAUAUGGCUAGGGAAACAUUGCUUUGGCCAUCCUCAUUUACAGGAGGAUGUUGGAAUUUGAGUUUGCCUUCUCCCUUUCAAAAGCCCUCAAGAUGACAGCAGAUUGGACACGCCCCGUCAUUGUUCAUGUGUCUUUUCAAUCCAGAUGGCAGGUGGCACUUACUAGUACCUUUGAGAAAAGUGUCCUGUCCUAGGCUGAUCAGAGUGUGUUGGAACGGGUCUCCUCUUCCUUGUUUUAAUAAUCUAGGAAUCCAAUUUUUUACCAGCCCACUCUGGUAGGCUGUCAGCUUUUGGUUUUAAGGAUGUCUGGUUUCCCCACACUUGCACACAUCAGAGUGUUCAGGAGCUGUCUGCAUUAAAAACAAUGUUGGAGAGGGGCUAUAAUGGGGGGGGAGUGGACUGUUCUCUUCAUCAUAUGUAUUGGAAAUGUAUCCUGGGCAUGACUGUCCAACACGUACUAUGUGGCAGAAAAACGUUCUCCAGGUAGUUUUUACUGCUAGUCUGUAAAUAAGUGCUAUGAGAAACAAUACCUGUCAACAAACCAAUAAGAUAUUUGUUCCAUAUAAACAUUCUCUGUAUUUAGCACUUGAAAAAUCAACAAAUCCAGAAUUUAAAAAUAAUGCCACAGACUGUUAAAAGCCUAACUCUACUUUUGAGAAUUUUUCAAUACCUAAUAUGCCUUAUUCUUCAACUAGUGUUUUUAAAAUUCUGGAUAGAACAUUUUAGAUCUAUAAUCAGCCAUUCAGCUUAAAUACUAGAGAUCUAACAUAGUCCUCAGUCCUCUUAAAGAAACAGGCCAGAAAGUGAGGGUCAGAAUGAAUGAAGGUGGCCUUUCAGGAGGAGAGAAAUAAGCAUUGCUAUUGCCAAAUGAUAUUUUUAAUAAUGUAAGGAAACACAGGGACCACAACACCUUUUAUUGUUUUAAAGUGUGAAAGAUUAACUCAGUGCCUUUUGGCAUACUUUUGAUUACAGAGGAUAUGGUAUCAGCAUUGACAAAUCAUAGAUACAAAGAACUCUGUUAUGACAGUAUUGAAGGUUUACCCUGAUUCUGCAGAACAGCUUUUGAAGAUACUGUGGGGACCUCAGAGGGGCACGUUUUGGAUGGAAAAUCUCCACAGGUUGAAAUGCCAAAAUCAUAUUCUGUUGACUCACGUAAUCGAGUCCACUUCAGCAAAGCUUUUGUUAUUGAACCAGAGAUGAAGAGUGUUGUGGACAUGCCUCUCCCAGAAGGACCGCCCUGCCACCAAAUGAUCCUGGGCUCUCUCUAGGCUGGGCCAGAGCAGCUAACACCUGUCCACACGCCUGUUGGACAGGCUCGCUCACGGUCUUAGAUCAGCCUUUCUUUCAGAAAUGGUACUAGGAGGAGGAAAGGGAAUCACUCUUUCCUUGUGUCGAAGUGGGGACUGGGAGAAGCAGGUUGCAGAAUGUGAGUCUGUGUAAUCAAGCAGUGGCCGUGUCGGCUGGGCCUUUUUGUGGGAGCAAACCAGCAUCUCUAAUGGUCAUCAGUGUCCACCAGACACCCCUGAGGCUGAGGUCCUGUCCCAGUGAUCCCCGUUCAUUUUACUUCUGUGUGCCUGUUCCCAUCAGCUCUGUGAGUUGGGGAUGCAUGGAGAGGUGACCUGCCCCCGAUACACUCCCAUGAAAUCAACUGCCAGCAAACUUUCUAACUUGUAUUUUAACUGUUAAAGAAGAGAUUACAGUUUUACUUAGGAAAUUUCCAAAUUAUGGACUGUGGUUUUUAAUUUUAGAAAUCAUUCUUUAUGUUUAAAAUUUUAAGAGAAUAAGAAGAAUCCUUCCAAGGUAUUGAUGAAGUCCUGUGUGUAAACGUGUUGUCUUCUCUUCAUGCUGCCAUUAAGCCAAAACAAAAACUGUGAAACUAAAAAGUGCUCAAGAAGAAUGUGUGUUGCUAAGAAAGCAGUUUAUUUACAGACCAGAAGUCUUUAUUUCAUUAAGCUACCAAAUGUUAAAAAGAAUGUCACCCUUUUUCCUUCAUUAUGGAACCCAGAGAUUAUGGAAUGGGAAAAAAAGUUGUUUUUGUUGAAUUUUCGAUGCUGGCACGAAGUUUUUGCCCACUUUUUUUUUUCCAUUUAUCUGUGUAUUAAAAAAUCUGUUUGUUGUUUACUAUGGAAUUAGUAUUUUACAUUUUGAGGUAAACAAAGAAUUUGUAUUGCUUGAUAAACUAUUAGCUUGUAAAUUUAAACAAAGUUUCUUUACCUCAGUUAACUUAAAGUAAUGGACCAAUAAACCUAUAAAAGAUGCUUUCUUUA